GUAGAGAUUGGAUUGGCGCUAGGCCUUGUAGUGACAUUGCGCAUGCAGUAUCCAUGCUCCAAUAAAAUAUCCCAGUUGAUCAGCAUGAGAACCCCGGGGGAUAACAGGUACUUUAUCAAGACAUUGCCUCUAGACAUCCUCCUCGCCCUCCCGAAAGUCACAUUCACCCCUCGCACAUCGGAAAACAUAGGAAGAACGUCGCUCGACCUGUCCGCGAGAGAGAUGGUCGCAAUCGCACAGGGGGGUUCCAUCCCUAAUGCCCUCCCAGUCAUCAAAGAUCAUGCGACGGCAGCCUACGCUGCAUGUAUAAUACCAUCUCCUGAUAUUUCCCUUGCUAUUGGACUGCGUUUGUCGUCUAUUCAUCUCCACAUCGCAACAAUGGGGCGGAUGGUCGAAAAGUCGAGGAACUCGGUCUGCCAUCUUGUGUUUGUUUGUUGGUUAUCGAAGGAAGGGGAGUAUGUUGUUUGGUAUAAGGCCAGGAAAAGCGUGGGAGGUGAAGAAGUGAUGGAAGCAAGAGAAUUGAGGAAAGUAGAGAAGGUUCUUAUAUGUUUAUUUUCAUCAGGAUAGACAUCAUCUCUGGGUUUCUGUCC